ACAUGUCAUUUUAUAUCUUUCAAGACUUAUAUUCCUCUAUGACAAAUAAUACUUCAACUGUCACUAAUUCCAUAGAACAUUCACAUCUGAGCUUCUUGGGUGCCAUUCCUCCUUUUUCCAGAUAAUAUUCGGGUAAGAGAUCACCAUGGGUUUCACCAAGUACAAUCAGGAAGUGUGGAGGAAAAAACAAAGUGAUGUCCUCAGAUAUUUGUGUAGGAUAAGAGUCUACAAAUGUAGGCAGAUGACCACUCUUCAUAGGGUACCUAGACCCACUAGACCCGACAAAGCUCGUCGUUUAGGAUACAAAGCCAAGCAAGGCUAUGUCAUCUUCCGCGUUCGUGUCCGACGUGGUGGACGUAAACGCCCAGUACCCAAGGGUGCUACCUAUGGCAAACCCAAAAGCCAUGGAGUAAAUGAAUUGAAACCCGUUCGUAAUCACCAAGCUAUUGCUGAAGAACGUGUAGGCAGAAGGUGUGGUGGUUUGAGAGUAUUGAACUCUUAUUGGAUCGUGCAAGAUGCUCAUCAUAAAUAUUAUGAAGUUAUUCUCAUUGAUCCUUCCCACAAUGCAAUCCGUCGUGAUCCUAAAAUUAACUGGAUCGUGAAUGCUGUUCAUAAGCAUCGUGAACUGAGAGGAAAGACCUCUGCAGGUAAAUCAUCCCGUGGUAUUGGUAAAGGACACAGAUUCUCUCAGACUAAGGGUGGUUCCCGCAGAGCAGCCUGGUUGAGGAGAAAUUCCUUACAAUUACGCAGAAAGCGUUAAUUUUAUAUUGUUAAUAAAGUAUGAUAAUAUUA